AUAUGCCAAUGCUGUCUGCAAAUGGGAGCAAGGGGAGUCACUGUCCUUUCUGCUAGUGGAGAUGAUGGAGUUGGUCCGCAGGGGUUGUGCUUUACCAAUGAUGGAAAGAACACCAGCGCCUUUUUACCAGAAUUUCCUGCUUCGUGUCCAUACGUGACGGUAGUGGGCGGAACGAAGAACGUGAACCCUGAAAUUGUAGCUGCCAGCACAGACGGCAGCUUCGCUUCUGGUGGCGGUUUCAGUAAUUAUUUUGGUCGACCAACGUAUCAAGAUGAUGUCGUCCCUGCUUAUGUGAAGAGUAUGGGGACUAAGUUUCAAACGCUUUAUAAUUCUUCUGGACGGGCGUAUCCAGACAUUGCUGCGCAAGCUUUCCAAUUCCUCAUAGUUUGGAAUGGUACUAUUCGUGCUGUAUCUGGAACUAGUGCUGCGACACCGACAGCAGCUUCCGUCAUCGCACUUGUCAAUGAUGCAUUGAUAGCAGCCGGCAAACCCGUGCUCGGGUUCAUGAAUCCUUGGUUGUAUUCUGUUGGCUUCAAGGCAUUUACAGACGUCAGGAGCGGAUCGGCUCUUGGUUGUAACACUACGGGCUUUCCGGCACAGACUGGUUGGGAUGCCGUGACAGGCUUUGGAACUCCCGUAAGUUUCGUUGUGGAUAAUACGACUGAUGUAUGGAUUUCACUAAUGUACCCACAGAACUUCCCUGCAAUUCGAGCAGCAGCGAUGAAUGGUACGGUAGCAUAA